AUGUUCUGGGGUGUAAGAGACCAGCUCUCAUUUGAUGGUGGUCUUAUCCUCAAAGGACAACAAAUCGUCAUUCCCCAGACACUUCAAGAAGACAUCCUAAAACAGCUUCAUACCGCUCACUUAGUACAGAAGAAAACAAAACUCCUCGCCAAAGACACUGUCUACUGGGUAAACAUAAACAGAGACAUCGAGCAGUUCACAAAGUCAUGCAGCAUCUGCCAACAGCAUCAGCCAUCCCAAAUGCAAGAGCCCCUUAUGCAACAUGACAUCCCAACAAAGCCAUGGGACAUAGUUGGCACAGACCUGUUUGAUCUCCAUGGAAGUCAAUGGUUGAUCAUAGCCGACUAUUACUCUAAGUACCCUGUAGUCAAACACAUAUCUUCUCGUUCACCAAGCGGUGUUAUAGUGAACAUCACACGCCAAAUCUUUGCAGAGUUUGGCAUACCAUCAAAGGUAGUCAGUGAUAAUGUACAACACUUUUCAAGUCACCUCUACCGUGAAUUCGCCAAAGAAUGGGGUUUCCAACAUGAGACCACUUCACCUCAGAGACCACAGGGAAAUGGCUUCAUAGAGCGUCAGAUAAGAACUGUCAAGGCCAUCCUCAAGAAAGCCAAGCAGUCGGGAACAACGCCUGAAAUUGUGCUGUUGCACUGGCGCUGUACUCCAAUUUCAAGCGUCAUACCAAGUCCUGCACAACUACUCAUGGGUAGACGAAUCCAAUCUCCACUGAUAACCAAAAUCAGAAACGAUCACCAAGAUCAGGAUCAGAUAUAUAGCGCGAUCCAACAACGUCAACAAAACCAAAAGAGGUACUUUGACCGAAAUGCACUCAAGGAGGAACUACCACCCCUGUACCGUGGCCAAAGGGUAAAGGUACAAAACCCUAUGUCUGGAAGCUGGGACCCAGCGACUUUAGUAUCCCAGGCAGAUGGUCAUCGCUCAUAUCUCCUGGAGAAUGUCAAUGGGUAUGUGCUGCGUCUGACACUGUCUUGA